AUGGCGUUGAUUGACCGGGCCCGUUCCCUGCUCGUGUUUGCCGUCAAAAAUCCCCUCGCCUUUCUUUACAUUCUCCUCCAAGAGAUACUCGCCUUUGUGUUUUCCCCUGCGCCACCGCCGCCGACUGGUCAUCUUCAUCGCCCUAGAAUAGCCGUUAUUGGUGGCGGACUCACUGGCGUUUCGUCGGCCGCACACUGUGUUGGCCAUGGGUUCGACGUUGAGAUCUUUGAAGCGAGGCCCAAGGCGAAGGGACUGGGCGGUAUUUGGAGUCGUGUGAAUUCGACUUCUGCUCUCCAAAUUCAUUCCAUUAUGUUCCGCUUCCACCCAUCCGUGAAAUGGGAGUCUGCCUACCCAAGUCAGGAGCAAAUAAAAAAACAAAUCGUCUCAGUCUGGGAGAAAUAUGGGCUAGAUAAGAAGACUACUUUCGAUACUCCAGUACACUCUGUUAAAAAAGACUCGUUUGGGAAGUGGAUCAUCAACAACAACACAGCGGAGUACGGCACAUUUGAUGGAAUCAUCGCUGCUGUGGGAUCAUGCGGAGAUCCCAAGAUGGUCUCUCUCCCCAAUCAUGCAAAUUUCAAAGGCCCAACCUUCCACUCCUCCGAUCUCGAUGGCAAGCAGGUCAAAGGAAAAAAGGUUCUGGUCAUCGGCGGCGGGGCCAGCGCCAUCGAAGCCUUAGAAUAUGCGGUCAAAUGUGAAGCCGCCGAGAUUGACGUCCUGUCACGCUCAGACAAAUGGAUCAUUCCCCGGAAUGUUUUUGUUGACGCGAUUUUAUCAAUGAACAUUUUUGGCGGAGAGACCUCGUUCUCCUGGAUACCAGAAUGGUUACUGCGGAAAUUCUUCUACAGAGACCUCGAUGAUAUUUCACCGUCAGGCAAGGGACUAUACACUGAUACGCCAAUGGUAAACUCGGAACUCUUCGAUCAAAUUCGGGCAGGAAAAGCAAGAUGGCUGCGGGGCGACAUUGUCUCCGUUGAAGAAAAUGGGAUCCUGUUUAACCACCGUGCGAAAGGUGUACCCAAAGGUGGACCAGGGCAUGAAUCACAAGUUCAGGGCGAUGUCAUUAUCAUGGCGACUGGGUUCAAAAGACCAUCUCUAUCAUUCCUGCCAGAUACUGUUUUUGAAGACCGGUACGGGCCUCCGAACUGGUAUCUUCAAGUCUUCCCGCCUCAAGAUCCUAGCAUUUGUGCCACAAACAGCACCUAUCUGAACGCUAUUGGGACUGUUGGCAACUACCAUAUUGGCAUAUACACGCGUCUCCUGCUCAUGUUUCUCGUCGAUCCUUUGACCCGACCCCAGGAACCGCUGAUGAAGCUUUGGAUUGAAUUCACGAGAUUUGUGAAGCAAUUUGCGCCGACGGGAGCAUUUGACUUUUUCACAUACGCCGAGCUCAUCUACUGGUAUUGCUUUGUGAGCAUCGUAAACCCUUUCAGAUGGAAAUGGGUACCUUUCAUCUUCUUUGGCAUGUUUCGUGGGCUACCUGCGACCGUUGUUGAGCAGGAGGAUCGUUUACGUGAUUCGAAUGGCAAGGCUAAAUAA